CGGAGAUAUAAAAAGGAAUCUCGAAUAACAGGUUUAGUCACUCUCUGUUGUUGAGCGUCUAAAGACGAACGUUUAAAAAAUGAAGACUCUCCUGGUACUGAGUGCUCUAAUUGCGGCUUGCCUUGCUACUCCAAGAGCUGGAUUACAUGACGGCUUCGUGGCAAAGUGGUUUCCUAUCAAAUUUGUCCCGAACACGUUGUACGACAUUCCCAGGACCAAAGCCGAAGUUGACUCGGACAAGAUCACCUGGGUCGAGGUUCCUGGUGACGCUGGAGACCCAUUCACAAUCCACUGCCAAGAGGACAAUGAGAGGUUUUGCAUAAUUUUGGACCUCAACGGAUUCAUUGCUGGAGAGCAAUACAGUAUUCCAGAUGAGGAUACUGCAAAUACCAAUGGUAGCUAUCCUUUCGAAUUGAACCCCUCAUUCCGCAGGCUGGUUAGAUUUGGACGCGACGUUUGGACUGCCACCGCAUUCUUUGUGUCUCCUAGUGUUUUGGAUGCUGGCGGUAGAAAUGAUCUCAGCGAAGGAACUUUUGUGGAGCUUUGGAUUCAAAAGAGCAAUAAGUACAGCGAGGCUGUUAAAAUCCCUCUCGACAGAGCCGAGUUGGUUUCAACUACCAGAUACGUGCUUUGCGGUUGCAUCAAGGGAAUGGGUAUCCAUUACUAUGAUAACAUGGGCUCAAAUGGAAGCUGCACUGAUUUCGAUCCUUGGUUCCUGAUGUACAACGGCAAUGAUUUUGUUGGACUGGGCUUCCAAAACUUUGGCGAGACUGUUGUUCGUCCAGGCAUUCGCAACUACGAUGAAGACGUUCCUCUAUCCGCAGUGCAGGCGGUUAUUCCUGAUGGUCCACAAUGUCUUUUUGACUGGGUGGUUGAUUAUUCAGCCAUUUCACUGCACACCUUCUUCAUCUCCGACCCCUUGGGCACAAUUGUUUGUGCUUAAAUUUUGAAGGAGAAUUUCAUGCAAAAUAAAAUAAUCCAUUUUGCCGCAAGAUAAA